CUCUAGAUCUCUCUCUCUCUCUCUCCAUUUAAUUCUUUUUCGUCCUCUCUCUAUUUAACUCAAUCACUACAAACUCAUAAUCAAAUAAAAACAAUAAAUAAUUAACAGAGACCGGCCUUCACCUAAGUCAGAAGCUUUCUCUCUCCCUCUACAUAUUUCGUUCUUCUUGAAACGCGGAAAUGAGCGAGAAGUGGAAGCUGUCUAAAAAGGAUGCAUCAGAUGCAUCGUGCUCAUCUUCUAGUUCCUCUAAAUCUAAGUUCUCUAGAAGCUUCUCGACGAGUGCUUCCUCCACAAAGGCUCCCGCAUUCGUACGGAGCUCAUCCACCAAAUGUUCAGUGACAUCUUCUUCCUCUUCCAUCUCAAGAAGCACCUCGAAGAAAGAGAAAGGAUCAUCAUCAUCAUCAUCUUCCAUCACCCAAAAGUACAGUAACUUGGCCAAAGAACAGAAAGGAAGGUUUUAUAUCAUGAGAAGGUGUGUGGCUAUGCUUGUAUGUUGGCACAAACAUGAUUCCUAGCCUACACCUCAUGCAAUUUAUAUUCUUUUCGUUUUGGCAUUAGAUCAGUUUGAUUCUCUACUCUAGGUUGCUACAAGUUUCUAUAAUAGUACAUUGUAAAGACCCUUGCAAGAAAGAGUUUCUUUUGAUAAUUAGUACUAUAUAUUUUACAAAAAAAAAAAGAUAAUU